AGUUCGUUAGGGCUAUUCCAUUUUCCGAGCCGACGACAAUUGACAUUUCGCCGCUUUGGUGUUGUACAUUACGCAGCAGUAGCAGUACCACAUGCCCCCUACGGCCCUUCCUAAUGAUCCGAUCCAACAACCGGCAGUUUGGAGCUCUGAUUUCUCUAGUAGCUUCUCAUGAGGAGGAGGAGGACGGGAGUUUGAGGGUUCUUGCCGGGAAUUGGGUUUCCUCACCAUUAUGCAACUGAAAUCCAUCAACAUAUUCGUAAUCACUCUCAUGCUAGGGUUUGCGCUAAUCAUUCUCUUCUUAACGACGAGUUUUCUCGAAUUCCCGUCCGCAGACACGGCGCAGGAUGGCCUAUUCGUGACCCUGUCGGAGUCGUCCGAGCCGGAGCCCUUCGAAGAUUUAUUCGAAGCUUACAAAAAAUGGGAUGCUCAAGUCGGAUGUGCCCAAUUUCGGGAGAAGCACAAAGGUUUGUCAUCGAGCGGGUCGAACACCUCAUUUCUCCCGAAUGCUGAGGACGGAAUCCGGUGCGGCGAGCUGCAGAUGGACCAUGUCAGUGUUCUGGUCAAAGGUUGGACUUGGAUUCCUGAUAACAUGGAUAAUAUGUAUAGCUGUAGUUGUGGCCUGUCCUGUUUAUGGACCAAAUCUUCAGUUCUUGCCGAUAAGCCAGAUGCCCUGUUGUUUGAAACCACGACGCCUCCAUUGAAGAGAUUGAAAGGCAAUCCCCUUCGUGUAUAUAUGGAUCUUGAGGCCGGGAGGAAGAAAUCAGGCUAUGAGGACCUUUUCAUAAGUUACAAUUCUAAAGAUGAUGUCCACUGCACUUAUGCUGGUGCUCUUUUUCAUAACAACCGUAAUUAUCAUAUAUCUCCUGUAAAGAACAAUGACACGCUUGUUUAUUGGUCUUCAUCCCGAUGUCUACCUCAAAGAAACCAACUAGCAAAAAAGAUACUUAGUUUGUUGCCACACCACUCAUUUGGCAAGUGUAUGAACAAUGUUGGUGGACUGGACCGGGCGCUUUCCCUGUAUCCCGAGUGCAUAAAGGAUGCUAAAGAAACGCCCAAAUGGUGGGAUCAUCUGCAUUGUGCCAUGUCACAUUAUAAAUUUGCCCUUGCAAUUGAAAACACGAUGACUGAGAGCUAUGUGACUGAGAAAGUGUUCUACGCCCUGGAUUCUGGAGCGGUUCCUAUAUACUUUGGCGCUCCGAACGUUUGGGACUUUGUACCUCCUCAUUCAAUCAUAGAUGGAACACAGUUCAGCUCGAUCAGUCAACUAGCUUCUUACGUCAAGUCCCUAGCUAAUAACCCCAUUGCUUAUGCCGAAUACCAUGCUUGGAGGAGAUGUGGCGUCCUGGGAAACUACAAGAAAACUCGUGCAGAGAGCCUGGAUACUUUGCCGUGCCGGCUUUGUGCAGCUGUGAGCAGAAGAAAUGGGAGAAAUGCAGAAGCUUUGUAACAACUUGGAGAUUUUUAAUGAUGGCUUGUAAUGGGUACAUCUUCACUAGUCAAUUUUGCAUCCUAUUAUGUAUUGUCAAGAGCAGAUGUAGAAGAAGACUUGACAAAUUCAAUUUAUACACACAAGCUUUUGCUUUUAGCAGCUAA